AAAUUUUCCUACAAUAAAGAGAAACGGCUGAUUGGCUAUAAAAAAACUUAAAUUUCUGAAGGCACACAGGCUGCAUUUUCUGAUCGACAUGAAUAGAAAAGAUAAAACAUAUCAGAAGUAUUCACAGAUGAAGAAGACACUUGUCUGGUUGUGUUUUAUCACUCAAGCAUAUAGUUUUCCUACAAACCCUGUAAAUACUGAAGAUGAAAAGCCUUGCUGUGAUGAUAGACCACAGCUAAUUUACAAAGGCUAUGAUACCAAGCAUGGAUUAAAUAUCUUUGUAUUCAAGUUCUUACCAUGGAAGCAAGAGCCGACUACAGAGAAAGAAGGAGGAAUUGGUGGAGAAGGGCAAACAGACAUUGGACUGGAUCAUACAACUGAUAUCAUGGAAGAAGACACCAGAGAGACACAAAUUAGUACAAUAUUUCCCCAAACUAAAGCAACAGAAGACACCAGUGAAUCCCCAAAACUGAUACUAGACACCAGUUCUCAAGACAAAGAUGUUACACCAGAGCAUGGUGAUAGCACAGCAUUGUUAGUCACUGAGCCAACAUUAAAAAAUACACAUGAUGAGCAAGCCACAAUCAAGCAUGAGAAAAACAUAUUAAUAGAAAAUGAUUUUCAAAGUGAAGACUUUAUAACAGAAAUAGAUGACAGAGAGAUACAGAUUAGUACAAUAUUUCCCCAAACUGUCACAACAGAAGAAACCAAUACAUUUCCGAAGGUGAUAUUUGACAUCAGUUCUCAGGAGAAAGAUGUCCCUCCAGAGCAUGGUUAUAGCACAGCAUUGUUAGUCACUGAGCCAACAUUAAAAACUACACAUGAUGAGCAGGCUUCACUCCCACAUGAGAAACACAUAGUAAUAGACAAUGUUGGGUUUGUUACAGAUUUUACAAGUGAAUACUAUAUAACACGAGUUGAGGACAGAGAGACACAGAUUAGUACAAUAAUUCCCCAAACUGUCACAACAGAAGGAACCAAUAAAUUCCCAAAGGAGGUGAUAUAUGAUAUCAGUUCUCAGGAUCAAGUAGCUACUCAAGAGUAUAGUUAUACAGCAGAAUCUGAUGUCACUGAGGCAGCAGCAGGAGAAACUAAAUCAGAUAAGGGUGUCAAUUACCACUUGGAAACUGGCAUCAGUUCUAAGGAUCAAGGUGUCUCCAUUUCUACAUUUGGUGAUACAGUAGGAUAUCAUGGGACUGAAAUUCCACCAAAAAUACAAAGGCAGCAAGAAACAAACACAGACAGCACAAAAUUAACAAUAAAUAAAGAAAAAGGUGCACCUGGUUUCAUAAGAGAGGAUAGUGGUUACAUACAGAUCCCACAUAACCACACUUACUAUUCAACUGGAGAAAAAAAUAGUUUGUACCCGUCUGAGGGGAACACUCAAAAUUUCACAGAUUGCAUUAAAUAUGGACAUCUUUGCAAGAACCUAAAACCUACAAAGAAACUAUCUUUAAAUUUAGAAGGUGAUUGUCAUACUAGCCUUUUGGGAUGUGGCCAAAAAGGAAACAGACAGAAGAACAAGAAAGGCAAUAAUCCAAAAGCAAAUCCAGGUCAUAAAGCUACCGUUUUAGGAAAAGACGGCACUGGAAAAAAUCAUGACAUGGUGAAAGAAAAAGAUAACAAAAGAAUACACAACAUUUUCAGGACUAUUAUAUUUGGCAAAAGGCAGAGACAACAAAAGUUGAAAUGUCGUGGUUUACAUCAAAAUUCAAAAAAUAGUCAUUCAUCUGAAAGCAGCAGUGAAAGCAAUAGUGAUAGUCGCCAAAUCUGUAGCUGAAAACUGAAAUUAAAGACAAAUUACAUUUAUUACCAGUGAAUCCAAUCUUGUGCAGUAUAUAUAUGUGUGUAAAGUUAAGUAGCAUACGCUGUUUUACUGUCAUGGGCUAAUGGGGGCCAUAUAAACACUGGGUGUAGACUUGCCCUCUUGUGACCAAGUCUACUGGCCUACUGGCACAUUUAGAGGGCCCAAGCAGUACCCUUUCCAACUAAAAUCUCAUCAGAUCUUCUUUUAUCUUCCAGAUGGUAAAUCCUUAUUCAUUAUAGUCAGCAGCUGGCAGGACUUCACAGGUCUUCAGUGCAGGGCUGCUGCUGCCAUAAGGCCAGUUGAGAAACCUUUCUGACAAAAAUAAGUGCAGGGAGGGUGGCAUCAACUUAGCCUCCUCAUGGCAGCAAGGUCCCCUGAGAUUGGGCUGCCUCUGUGUGAUAUUAUCAGUAGCCUGAGGCAGGGGCACUUUAGUAAUAAAAACUUGAAGAUUGAAGUUACCAUUCUUGCUGGAAUGGGGAGAAGGCAUUUCAGCAAUAGCGUGUUCCACCCUAUUGAAGGAUCACAUUGUACCUGUCUUGAAUUGCCAAUGAUUAUAACUGCAUAUGUAGAAUUACCAGACUUAGUGCCUACUGCCUCUUCAUUUCCAAUUAAUAUCCGCUUCAUUUGCUGUAAGGUAUGGUAAGGUUUAUGAAUUAUAAGAAUCUGUCAGGGUUAUAUUAAGAAGCAAAGGUUCCAUUUUUAACAGGGAGUUUGUCUCUUCCAGUGUAGUAGAGCUAAAUAACACUUUCACUUUCUCUACCAGUCUUUCCCUUACCCACCCCAUGUUUACUUUUUUUGUGUUGGAGUGGGUCUGUGGAUGCUCUCUGUACUAGUAUAGGCAAAUUUCUAUUUUAAGAAAUAGAAAUUAGUUACCAGAGGAGGAUUUUUGUUGACCCUUUCAUCUUGUUCCAAAUUGCUGCCUAAGUUAAGGUUCUCCGCUUUCCCCAUGGCUGGAGCAGGACUGAUCUCUCUAUCCAACACUUAUAAUCCCAAAGGAGAAAGGUAAGGGGGGAAGAGGUGGGUGACAUAAGGUACCCUAUACGACACAUUAAGUCUGACUAGGCCAAUCACUUCUGUGGUCAGAUUGAGUAAAGAUCCACUUUUUGGCAAUUUGCCCAAAUAAAUGCAUGGCUGCAGCGCUGCCUCAGGGGUCCUAGCUGUCCCUCGCUCCCCCUGCAUGUAGCUUUUUAAUGUCAGAGGGGGCCACAUUGCUAGUGCAAUAGCGUUCUCUGCAUUACAAGAGCCAAAAUAAUGAUUUAACUUGUCCGGUGCUGCCACCUGAGGCAAGUGUCUCAACUCCUGUAUUGCUGUUGGUGGACUUUUACAGUAUUUUGCAGAUUAUCACCACCACAUCAGAAAAUCAGAUCUUUGGUUUUGUUUUUUAACUUGUAUGUAACUGUUUCAAACUAAUUGCUGAUUGGUUACUAUGGGAAAAAUCACAGAGUGAUAUUUAUCUGCACUGUUAGUUAAAUUAUCUAACACCAACCCCAAAUACUGUUUAUUCUGUGUGUGCUAAAUACUACAUGGCUUGUGCUAUUCCAGUGUACCACUGGUGAGUGUUGGAGGAUUCUGAAUGAUGCCUACAAACUUUCCCUUAAUAUUGACAGCUGCUUGUAUACUAGAACACAUACUUAACUGUUCACAUCUAGUAUAAAUAAAUCUAAAGCAACUGGACUUGUAUGGGAAGUCCUCAGCAUA